CUCCUUUAAUCAUCAUCAUAUAUCUCAUAUCUCCUCUUCGCUUCCCACCUUCAUCAUCCAAAUUCCUCCGAGGCACCCUCAAGCCAUAAAUCGUGUGAUCAAUAGUUAUGUAUACUCGUCGAUCGUUAAUGAGUCUGUGUUUGCUAAUAUGCAUCUGCGCCACCGUCGUUGUGACGAAUGGUGAGCUUCAGAAAUUUAUCGAGCCGGCGAAAAGCGACGGUUCCGUUAGUUUCAUAACGAUCGGAGAUUGGGGUCGCCGUGGCUCCUUCAAUCAGUCUAUCGUCGCUUAUCAGAUGGGAAGGAUUGGAGAAAAGAUUGAUUUAGAUUUCGUGGUCUCUACGGGAGAUAACUUCUACGACAAUGGAUUAUUCAGUGAACACGAUCCCAAUUUCGAACAGUCUUUCUCUGACAUCUACACAGCUCCUAGUCUCCAGAAACAGUGGUACAGUGUUUUAGGAAACCAUGAUUAUAGAGGUGACGCAGAAGCUCAGCUCAGCUCUGUUCUCCGGGAAAUCGACAGCCGUUGGAUCUGUCUCCGAUCAUUCAUCGUUGACGCUGAGUUAGUCGAGAUCUUCUUCGUCGACACGACUCCUUUCGUCAAAGAAUACUACACAGAAGCAGACGGACACACAUACGAUUGGCGCGCGAUCCCAUCUCGCAACUCUUACGUCAAGUCUCUCCGCCUUGAUCUCGAAGCUUCCUUGAAGAGAUCCAAAGCAACGUGGAAGAUCGUGGUUGGUCACCACGCCAUGAGAAGCAUUGGUCACCAUGGAGACACUAAAGAGCUCGUUGAAGAACUUCUUCCGAUUAUGAAAGAGAACGGUGUUGAUCUCUACAUGAACGGACACGAUCACUGUCUUCAACAUAUCAGUGACGAAGACAGUCCGAUUCAGUUUCUGACGAGUGGUGCUGGAUCCAAAGCUUGGAGAGGAGAUGUUGACCCUAUGACCAACAAUCCCAAGUCUGUGAAAUUCUAUUACGAUGGUCAAGGAUUCAUGUCUGCUCGAUUCACUCACUCAGAUGCAGAGAUCGUCUUCUACGAUGUCUUUGGCGAGGUUUUGCACAAAUGGGUUACUUCUAAACGGCUUCUUCAUUCCUCUGUUUGAUCCUUUAGCCUAAUAAAAAAGGGUUUUCCUUGUAAUUUUUUUGUAACAUACAUUUUUCGAUUUUGUAAGUCCUAUUGCAGGCUAGGUAGGCUUCCUGCUUAGUUUAGCAUCCCUAUCAAUUUUUAGUUAGCUUAUUAUCCAAAUCAAAAAUA